ACGCACAAGUUAUGACGUACUUAUUAACGCAAUUAAUAGCCAAAAACCGCCGCUAAAAUUCUCGGCUCGUUGACCCUUAUAGCAAUUCUCGCCUUUUCUCUUCCACUUUCAUUUUCCAGCCAAACCCAAAAAAAAAACAAAAAAAAAAACCAAAAAAUAUGCAAACACCCCGGACCCCAAAACCCCGUCCUCUCUAUGACAUAAUCAUAUUAGGAGCCUCAGGCUUUACCGGCAAAUAUGUAGUAAAAGAGGCCUUAAAGUUUAUCAACACCCCAUCUUCUCCUCUUAAAACUUUAGCCAUUGCUGGCCGUAGCCAUGAAAAGCUUGUUAAAGCUCUUCAAUGGGCAGCUCAUCCUAGUUCUCCUCCUCCAGAUGUUAGUAUUAUCAUUGCUGAUACUACUGACCCAUCUUCGCUUUUGAGUCUUUGUACUCAAACUAGGGUUUUGCUUAACUGUGUUGGGCCUUUUAGGAUCCAUGGUGAACCAGUUGUUGCUGCUUGCGCCUCUUCUGGGUGUGAUUAUUUGGAUAUAAGUGGGGAGCCUGAGUUCAUGGAAAGAAUGGAGGCAAAAUACCAUGAAAAUGCUAUACAGACAGGUUCUUUGGUUGUUUCAGCAUGCGGAUUUGAUUCAAUUCCUGCUGAAAUGGGGGUUAUGUUCAAUUCCAGGCAGUGGGUGGCUCCUGCUGUACCCAACUAUAUUGAUGCAUACGUGAGUUUGGAGUCUGAUAAAAGAAUAGUUGGGAACUUUGCAACAUAUGAAUCAGCAGUUUUGGGUGUGGCAAACAUGGAUAAGUUGCAGGAAUUGAGGCGUUCCAGACCCAAGAGACCUAGACCAGUGAUUCGUGGUCCACAUCCUCCUAAAGGACCAAUGAUAGAAUACCAGGAGAAGAUUGGCCUUAGGGCUAUAAAGCUACCCUCAGCAGAUGCUGUAGUUGUUCGAAGGACUCUUGUUACUCUGAUAGAGAACCCCCAUGGUCUCCCUGGGAUUAAUGAGAGUGCUGAACAUACCGAAAGGAGGAAGGCCUUCUGGUCAACAGUGAAGCCAGCUUAUUUUGGCGUAAAAAUAGGAUCAAAAUCCUUGUCGGGCAUCUAUCGAAUCAUCGGAGUGGGGAUUUUCAUUGGUCUCUUAAGUAGAACUUCAUUUGGCAGGUGGCUUCUCUUGAAAUUUCCCUCAUUUUUCAGCUUUGGAUGGUUCCGAAAGUCGGGUCCCUCGGAGGAUGAGGUGAGAAGUGCAUCAUUUAAGAUGUGGUUUGUUGGACAUGGUUUUAGUGACAGCAGCCUCGCUUCAGAAACAAACUCAAAACCUGAUAUGCAAAUCAUAACAAGAGUAAUGGGACCUGAGAUUGGCUAUGUGACAACUCCUAUAGUGCUACUUCAAUGUGCGCUCAUACUUUUGAGCCAGCGUGAAAACCUGCCUAAGGGAGGAGUUUUUACCCCUGGUAUUGUAUUUGGUCCAGAUCUCCAACAACGGCUGCAAGAUAAUGGAAUAUCAUUUGAUCUCAUUUCAAAGAGUGCGCUCCCUGCUUAAACUGGUACCAUGGUGUGGACUUCCUUCUGGGAAAUAACACCAGGGCUUGGUUUUGGAACAAUUUCUUUUGAAUGAAUAACAUACAAAACUUGACAAUAUUGAAAGUUGUAUCCAGUUUCCACUCCUUUUUAUUUUAAGUCCUUUGUUUAAAAUAUCUGGUAGUCUCUACACAUGUAUAUCUAUACCUUAUCUCACCAAUCCCUUUCAAUAGCAUAUAUAUUUGGACAGACUAAAAGAUAAAGCAUGUAAUACGAUAAACAUAGACUGAUUUUGCUCUAUACAUCGAGAAUGUUACUGCUAACGUUCUUAAUAUCUUCACAUACAAUGUAAUUAGGAAUUCCAAGGUCAACACCUACUUAUUGACACCAAAAAAUACUAUUAGGCUGACCCCGAAGUUAUUCUGAAGAAGUGAUAUUU